AUGAACCUCAACUUCACCUCCCCGCUACACCCGGCGUCUUCUCAGAGGCCCACGUCUUUCUUCAUUGAGGACAUCCUGCUGCACAAGCCCAAGCCGCUCAGGGAGGUGCCCCCCGACCAUUUCGCCAGCUCCCUGGCCUCCCGGGUGCCUCUGCUAGACUAUGGCUACCCCCUCAUGCCCACCCCCACCCUCCUGGCUCCUCACCCCCACCACCCUCUGCAUAAGGGAGACCACCACCACCCCUACUUCCUCACCACUUCGGGCGUGCCGGUCCCCGCGCUGUUCCCGCACCCGCCGCCCGCCGAGCUGCCCGGGAAGCACUGCCGCCGCCGCAAAGCCCGCACCGUGUUCUCGGACUCGCAGCUGUCGGGCCUGGAGAAGAGGUUCGAGAUCCAGCGCUACCUGUCCACGCCCGAGCGGGUGGAGCUGGCCACGGCGCUCAGCCUGUCCGAGACGCAGGUGAAAACGUGGUUCCAGAACCGGCGGAUGAAGCAUAAAAAGCAGCUGAGGAAAAGCCAGGACGAGCCCAAAGCGCCGGGUGCGCCCGAGAGCCCCGCGGGCAGCCCCCGCGGCCCCGAAGCCGCGCCCGCCGAGGCCCGGCCUGGGCUGCCCGCCGGCCCUUUCGCGCUCGCGGAGCCGGAGGACGAGGUGGACAUCGGGGACGAGGGGGAGCCGGGCUCGGCCCCGCGGGGGCUCUGA